UACACGUUUCUACUCUCAAAUAAAAUAGAAUACAAAAUGAUAACCGAAUAAGCUUUCACUCUAAAACCAAAAAUGCGGCUAAAUAUAUUUUAAAAUCCCUGAUCAAAUUUCCUUUUCUGUAGAUCGAAAUGUGUGAUCCCCAAGACAGCAGGAAUCUCUUUGCACGCAUUCUGAUAGAUGCCAUAACCCAGGAUGUCGUUACACGGGGCGAGGAGCCCUGGGUCAACACAGUUUUCUCGCCUGCAUCUGUCCAAAGUUGCCUAACGCUGGCCUACCUGGGUGCCUCCGGAUCGACGGCCGAGGAGCUAAGGAAUGUCCUGCAACUCGGUCCCGGUGACCGGCAUCACAUAGCCCGCACCUUCGGGGAGUUCUGGCAAACGAGCUGCAACUACGGAGCCAGGGGACCUGUGCUGAAGUCAGUCAACCGACUGUUUGUGAACGAUGACCUGGAACUGCAGCCCGAGUUCAAUGAGAUGGCCGUGGAUUUCUUUCAGUCUAAGGCGGAGCCAGCAAAGUUCGCAGACUCGGAAGCCGCAACGCAGAAGAUCAACGACUGGGUGGAGCAGGAGACGGAACACAAAAUAAGCAACCUGCUGCAGGCGGAUGCCGUGAAUGGGGAGACGAGCGCAGUGCUCAUCAAUGCGCUGUACUUCAAGGGACUCUGGCAAAAGCCGUUUAUGCCGGAGGCCACACAGCUGGGCGACUUCCAUGUGGACCCGUGCAACCGCGUGCCGGUUCACAUGAUGUACCAGGAGGACAAGUUCAGGUUCGCUGAUCUCCCACACCUGAAGGCGCGAGCCGUGCAGCUGCCGUACGACUACUCGAACAUCCACAUGCUCAUUCUGUUGCCCAAUGAGGUGCGUGGUCUGCACCAGCUGGAGUGCCAGCUGAAGGACGUUGACUUGGCCGAUAUUGAUGCGGCCAUGACUAUACAGGACGUAGAGCUUAUCCUACCCAGAAUGACCAUCGAGUACGAUGUGGACCUCAAGGAAAUAUUAAAUCAGAUAGGCAUUAAGGAAGUCUUCAGCGACAAAGCUCUCCUGGACAAACUCUUCACGUCUCGGAAGAGCCAGAAGAUCUCGGCGGCCAGGCACCGGGGCUACAUCAACGUCAACGAGGCUGGAUCAGAAGCGGCAGCCGUCAGCUUCAUGAAGAUCGUGCCCAUGAUGCUGAAUAUGAACAAGAAGCUAUUCAAGGCGGACCAUCCGUUUGUGUUCUACAUACGCAGCGCUCAGGCAGUGUUCUUUUCCGGCCGGUUCGUGACCCCCGUCUCCAGUUUCAAGGAAGAAGAAGAGGAAGUAUUUAUGAGAGGCGUCAGGGCUCCAAAGUCAGUGUAUAGUGUACAGUCCAGGGAAGAGGCAGAGAGACCCAAUAAAAGUCAGUCAACAGCUGGGGAAAUCCCGAGAGUCAUUCAAUUUCCAUCUAAGAGCGUUGCACGCUCUGUUCUCAGCCGCCUUGCAAUCUCGCCGGAGAUAAGGUGCAUAUAUAAGCCAAGUCUUGGCAAACCCAGCUCAGUUAGCACUAUUACUUCUCUCGGGGACCAGUUCGUCUGUGGUGGUCAAAUGAAUAACUUGUUGGCUUUAAUUCUGUGGGUCACUUGUGUGGCGUGCCAAGCCUCCGAGGAAGUCUACCAGCUGCUGGCCAAGAGCCAUGCCAACGAAAACCUCAUCGUCUCGCCGCUCUCCAUCGAGGCCGCCCUGAGCAUGGUGUACAUGGGAGCGGGCGGGUCAACAGCCCGGGAAAUGCAGAGUGCUCUAAAGCUGCCGUCUGGCGAAAAGCAAGAGGUGGCUAGGAAGUACAAGGCCCUCCUCGCCACCCUGCCCGGCCGUGAGGGGGGUCCCACACUGAAGCUGGCGAACCGCAUCUACGUAAACGAUCAGUACACCCUGAGCCCCGGCUACAAUCAGGUUGUGCGAGAGGCCUUCCAGGCCGAAGCCGAGCUUAUCAGUCUGGCCAAUGGGCCCGCGGCAGCCGCGGGGAUCAACCAGUGGGUGCUGGGCCAGACGGAUGGCAAAAUCAAGAACAUGAUCGAUCCUAGCAGCAUGACAUCCGAUGUACAGGCGGUGCUGCUGAACGCCAUCUACUUCAGGGGUCAGUGGGAGUCCGGGUUUGACCCACAGAGGACCAGAAACUCUGACUUCCACGUUAGCCCCGAUAAGAGUGUGUCCGUGCCGAUGAUGAUGCAGUUGGGCAACUUCAGGACCGACUAUUUCCACGACCUGGGCUGCCAGGUGGUCGAGCUGCCGUACCGGAACUCCAACCUGUCGAUGACUAUCUUUCUGCCCCGCGACGUAGCAGGUCUGAGUGCCCUGGAGGAGAAAAUCGUUGGUUUCUCACGGCCGCUGAAGCUGCAGGAGGUGUUCGUGAAGCUGCCCAGAUUUAAGAUCGAGUUCCAUGACGAGCUGAAGGACACCCUGGAAAAGCUGGGCGUCCACGAGCUUUUCUCGGAUAGGGCUGACCUGAGCGGAUUAUUUGCCGAUAAGUCUGACGGAAAACUCAGUCAAGUCGCGCACAAGGCCUACCUGGAGGUGAACGAGGAGGGUGCGGAGGCUGCGGCUGCCACAUCUGCAGUUGUGUCGAAUCGAUCCGGAUUCAGCGUGUCCUUCAUUGCGGAUCAUCCCUUUGCCUUUGUAAUUCACGAUGGAGACACUAUAUAUUUUCAGGGACGAGUUGUAAACCCACCAAAAAACAGCUCUUACGAGAACCAUAAAUUUGAGCUCAGCUCAGUUCGUUCCAUCAUGUCAGCCAAGGCCACGUUGUUAAUUUUUCUCCUCCAGGUCUUGAUUCUGGCCAUGGCCAAUACUGUAAACUACUCUAAAAGCUUUGCGGGCGAUGCGAAAUUCGCCUCGAAGCUUUAUGGCAAACUGGCCAAGGCCGAGCCGGCCCGGAAUAUCGUCCUUUCGCCAUCGUCCAUCAGGACGGGCUUGGCACUGGCCUACAUGGGCGCCGACGGUAGCACCGCCGAUGAGCUGAAGCAGGGACUGGGCCUGGAGGGAGCUGGCAAGACCGAGGUGGCUCAGCACUUUGCGCAGCUCCUGGCCAAAGGACAGCAGCAGACGCAGGCAGGUGACGGAGACGAGGUUGCGGCCGAAUUGAAGUAUGCCAAUCGGAUUUUUGUGGCUCAGCAGUUCCAGCUGGCCCAGGUGUACCAAGAGCUGGUCAGCAAAAACUUCGCAGCAGGGGCCGAGAAUGUGAACUUCACCCAGGGUGCAGAGGCGGCAAAGCGCAUUAAUGCCUGGGUGGAGGAGCAGACCCACCAGCAAAUCAAGGGCCUUAUUGCCCCGGACUCGCUCGACGAAAGCACGGCUGCCAUCCUGGUCAAUGCCAUUUACUUUAAGGCCGACUGGCUGAGCAGCUUCCCCGACUACUCUACAUAUGCCCGCGACUUUGUCAAUCACGGAGGUCGAAGGGUCAACGUGGACACCAUGUCCCAAUCGGAUUAUUUUAGGUACGGCGAGCUGUCAGAGCUGAAGGCCAAAGCCCUGGAACUGCCAUACUCAGGCACGGAUAUCGUCUUUCUGAUCAUCCUGCCCCAGGAAGAGCAGGGACUGGCGUCCCUCGAACAGAAGUUGAACGGCCUGGACCUGGACGAAAUCAGCUCCCAGUUGAGCAGGCGGAAGGUCAAUGUGCAACUUCCAAAAUUCAAAUUCGAGUUCGAUGUCCCCCUGCAGCCAGUCCUGGAGGAGCUGGGCAUCCGAAAACUAUUCACUCCUCAGGCAGACCUCGGCAGCCUGCUGCAAGCCUCGGCGCCUCUUCGCAUCUCGGAGGUGAAGCACAAGGCCAUCAUUGAGGUAAACGAGAAGGGAACCACUGCCAGCGGAGCUACUUUUAUCAAGGCGCAGCUGGAGUCUUAUUUGGUGGGCGAGGAGACCUUUGAGUUCACAGCAGAUCACCCAUUCUUCUUUGCCAUAAAGGACGCGCAGAGCACACUCUUCCUGGGUCACGUAAGCCAGCUCUGACUCCAAGAUGCAUAAACUCAAUAUGCUCUCCUGUUCGCAUCCAAUAAACGCCAAUUUUCGAUGUCAAACACUGACAAGUAUAA